GAUCUCAACCUGUGGAGUGAAGGGGCCCAGAUCUGGCUGCACAAAAAUAAAAGUGUCCUGCCUGCUUCACUUUUCAUGCAACUUUAGAUAACAGACCAGAUCCUGCGGAGACGAUGGGAGCCAACAACAGCACCCGCCGCGUGUCGUUCGAGGCGGACGAGAACGACAAUAUAACGGUGGUGAAGGGCAUUAGGCUCUCUGAAAAUGUCAUCAAGCGCAUGCAAGAACCUCCUUCUCCUCUAAACCAACAUGUUCCCAAAGCACCAGCCGUCACUCCAGCUCCCCUUUUUGACCCCAUCACCUCCUUGCCUCCCCCACCUCCUCUUGUAGAACCUGUUGCUCCUCCACCUCCUCCUGCCACAGAGAGUGUGGCUGCACCUCCUCCUCCUCCUCCUCCUCCCAAAGAACAGGUAGCAGCACCCACAGUCAUUGAUAUUGUUCUCCCCACUGCAUCCCCCCCAGCUGCUGUUAAUGAUAAUGUUGCUGCUCCUGCUUUUGAGCCUUUAGUAGCACCUCCUCCUCCUGCUGCUGUUGAUUCAGUAACUUUGCCAACAUCCCUCUCUUCUCCUCCCGAUCCUCCCCUCUUCACCGCCACAGCCGUGGAGGAAACCAGCGCUCCACUGGCUCCUCCCGUCAUCACUGAACCAUGUCAUCCUCCCAUCAUUGCAUCCAUGCUUGCUUCCCCUCCAAUAAUCGAACCCAUUGCUCCAAUAAUCGAACCCAUUGCUCCAAUAAUCGAACCCAUUGCUCCAAUAAUCGAACCCAUUGCUCCUCCACUUGUGAUUGAAUCCCUUGCUUCCUCAUCUCUGCCUGAAGCCAUGUCACUUGCUCCUCCUGCUGUCAUCAACGACCCCAUCCCCUCUCCCCUUCUUCCCGAAUCAGACCCCGUCCCUUCCCCUCCCUUGUCUGAGCCUGUCACCAUCCUCCCGGCAUCCUCACCUCCUUCAGGGUUCCCACAGCCUGCCGAGCCCUUUCCUAGACCUCCCCUGCCUGAGUUUGUUGCUCCCUGUGAACCACUUGCACCUCCUCCUCAGCCCACAGUUGAAGCGUUAUCACCUGCUCCGGUUCCUCCUAACCCAGUGGCAAAUCCAGUUCCACCAGCGGCCGCAGCUCCAGCUGUGGAUAAGGAGACCCUGAAGAAGAAGAUCAGCGAUGAGCUGUUCAAAGACCUGCAGCAAGAGAAGGUCAGAGCGGAGCAGGACAUGCAAGCCUGGUAA